UAACCAGUAACCUAGUUCCCCAACACCCCCGUCCUUUCCAUCCCGCUUCGUUUCCACAACAGGUGGCGGCGGCAGGCCGGCGGCAAGCCGACGACGAGCUCCUCCUCCUUCCUCACUGACUCCGCGUCGUCCUCGUCCCCGAAUACCCCUCACCCUCAGACCCUCUCACGCAGCACCAAGCUUGGCCAGGAUACCCCAGAAUAAUACCACCAUGACCGGUGGCAAGAUCCAGAAGAAGCGCCACGGUGGCGGCGGUGGGGGCGGUGGCGCGCGGCUGCAGGGUGGGAUCCCGUUCGAGAAGUCCAAGGGCCAGCACAUCCUGCGGAACCCGGCGCUGGUGGACUCCAUCAUCGCCAAGGCCGGCCUCAAGCCCACUGACACCGUCCUCGAGAUCGGACCCGGAACGGGAAAUCUCACCAAGCGGCUGCUCGAGGCCGGCGUCAAGGCCGUUGUUGCCGUCGAGCUCGACCCGCGGAUGGUUCUCGAGCUGAGCCGCAGGUUCCAGGGCCACCCCCUCUCCUCUCGCCUCAAGGUUAUCCAAGGAGAUGUUCUUAAAUGUGAUCUUCCUUACUUCGAUAUCUGCGUGGCAAACAUCCCAUACCAGAUAUCAUCCCCCCUUACAUUCAAGCUUCUGUCACACCGUCCGAUCUUCAGGUGUGCUGUGAUCAUGUUUCAACGUGAAUUUGCCAUGAGACUUGUAGCACAGCCUGGAGACACUCUGUACUGCCGUCUGUCAGUGAACGUGCAGCUCUUAUCUCGCGUGUCACAUCUGCUGAAGGUUGGACGGAAUAACUUCAGGCCUCCACCUAAGGUAGAUUCCUCAGUUGUGCGUAUCGAGCCAAGGAAGCCCCUCCCUCCUGUCAGCUUCAAGGAGUGGGAUGGACUCGUGAGGAUUUGCUUCAAUCGGAAAAACAAAACGCUGGGCUCCCUUUUCAAGCAGAAGCGCGUCCUCGAGCUGCUAGAGAAGAAUUACAAGACAAUGCAAUCUCUCCAGCUUGCCCAAGAUCCUGAAACGGGGGAGGAGAAGAUGUCACCCGACGAUGUCGCGUUGCUGGCCAAUAUGGUCGAGGACCUGAGCAUGGAGACCAGUGACGAGAAAGAGGACGAUGACAUGGAAAUGGAUGACUCCGACGCGGCAGAUGGCCGUGCUAGCUUCAAGGAGAAGAUUAUGGGUAUAUUGCAGCAGGGUGAUUUUGCAGAGAAGAGGUCUUCCAAGUUGAGCCAGGUUGAUUUCCUCUACCUGCUCUCUCUGUUCAACAAGGCAGGUAUACAUUUUUCGUGAGGGCCUGAGCCAGCUAGCUUGAGACGGAUCCUGAAAAGCCAUGCUUAUUUUUUGGUUUAUUAUAUGUAUUGUAAAAGUCCUAUAUAUAAGUCAAAAGUCAUCUAUGUGAUAUUUUGCUCUGAAACGUUUUUGACACCGUCGAUUUUGCCCCAGCUUUAGAGAAGUCGGAUAACUGCAAUGAAAGAUGUUCAAACGGUUUGAUAGUAUUAUGCCCUUGUUGAGGGUAUGAAG